AUGUCAUCAUUUACUCCCCUGACUUUGAGACACUUGGAGCAGGUUUUCGAACGCCUCAGAAGGCACGGCUUUAAGCUGCAGCCCAAGAAGUGCCAGUUCUUCCAGCGACAGGACCUCUACCUGGAGCAUGUUAUAAGUGGCCGAGGGGUGGCCACCGAUCCCGAGAAGACGAGAGCUGUCCAAGAUUGGCCUGUCCCCACCACUGUCAAACAGGUACGCUCCUUCCUGGGCUUUGUAGGGUAUUACAGGAGAUUUAUCGCUUCCUUUUCAAAGGUCGCCGCCACCCUCCAUCACCUUCUCCAAGGGACCGCCAGCCGCUCCUCGGCACCAGUAACGUGGACCGCAGAGUGUCAAACUGCUUUUGAGUUCUUGAAGCAACGGUUGCUCAGUGCACCCAUUCUGUCCUUUGCUAAUUUCUAG